UUAUUAGUUUAAUCCGAUUUAUUAUUAGUCUAGCAGCCAAUCAAUCUUUAACUAUAUUAAAACAAGUUUAUGCUCCUGACUUAGAAGCAAUGUUUUAUUCUUGCCAAUCGAUCCAUAAAUUUGUCGAUGAUCUAUCACAGAAGUUUGAAACAGCACAAGUCACUACAGAUGUAGAAACAAUCCAUCGAACUGUCGUCAAAUUAGAAGUAGAUUUAUUAAAAAAUUGGCUUGCUGAUACUCCAGACAAAUACAAUGAAAUUCUCUACUUAAUUGAACGAAAAGAUAAUCAUCUCUGGCGAUAUUCAAUGAAAAUAUUUUCAUAUAUUUUACAAAAACUUGAUCUUCUCGAAUCUGUUCAAAAGUAUCAUGGUCAAAUUCCUCAUAGUGAUGAUUACAUUCGUCUAGAAGAAUAUUUACAAAGUUUUCAUAGAGAAAGUGACAAAAUUGAGCGAUUAUUCGUCGAUCGAAUUCAUAUGGAUUUAAUGCUAAAUAUUAGUGAAGAACAAUAUGCUGAUCGAUUGAUUGACCGAUGA